GAGAAAAAAAUAAAACAGACAGAACGGAGUAAGAAAGCAAAGAUGGAUAUCAACCAUACGGUGAUUACGGUGGCUGAGGACGAGGAUACCGCCUCGGGGUUGGACAUGGCGGCCGAACAAAUGAUGAGCCUUCCAUACUUGAGAGAUUAAGGUCAACUGCUCAAGAAGGAGAUAUCGACAAAUUCUACGGAUUGCUCGAUGAAGAUCCGAACAUUUUGGAGCGGUUUGAUCAAGAACGUUUCUGCGAGACGCCCAUGCACGUUGCCGCUCGAAACGGACAUACCCAUUUCGCCAUGGAGAUGAUGAACUUGAAGCCUUCGUUUGCUCGGAAGCUGAACAAGUCCGGGUUUAGCCCCGUGCAUCUGGCUUUGCAAAACGACUAUUCUCGGACGGUGAGGGCGUUUAUGGCGAUGGAGAAAGACUUGAUAAGCGUCAAAGGAAGAGAGAUGAUUACUCCUUUGCAUCACGUAGCUAAGACCGGCGAUACAGAAUUGUUAAGCGAGUUCUUGUUCAUUUGCCCUUCUUCUAUCGAGGAUCUAACGAGUAAAUGCGAGACUGUCGUACACCUUGCUGUGAAGCAUAGCAAGCUUGAGGCGUUCAAGGUUCUUUUAGGAUGGCUGAAGCAGGUGAAUAAGGAGGAAAUCUUGAAUUGGAAAGAUGUAGAUGGUAAUACCGUCUUUCAUAUCGCUACAUCUACAAACCAAAUCAAGGUUAUGAAAUUGUUGCGGAAAAUCGUCAAUGUGAAUGUCAAGAACUUGGAUGGACAGACUGCUAAGGACAUAUUCCAAAGCAAUUGUGCUUCUCUCGGCCCCGAGAUAGGCAAAAUCCUCGGAGCUGCUAAAGCAAAAGCAGGACGUAAGCUUAAUAGUUCGGCGACAACACUGGCAAACUACUUGAGCCAAAAUCUUUCAUUUAUGGAGAAACGUAACAAGUUAUUGGGUCUCAACAAUCUGCUUGGUAUUAACAAACAAGGAUCUCGUAACACGAGCGAUUUGAGGAGUUCGGUUCUUGUGGUGGCUAUAUUGAUCGUAACAGCUACGUACCAAGCUACCAUCAGUCCCCCGGGCGGCUAUUGGCAAGACAGUACCACUGUAUUCAACAAUAAUACUGUUCCAGAAAAAAACCACAAAGCUGGAGAGAUGAUUAUGGAUCCCUAUAAUGCAGUGUUAUUCUAUGGAUUCAACGGAAUAGCCUUCUUCUUCUCUACACGGGUGAUCAUGAUUCUCAUCAUUGGACUCCCCAUGUGGAAAACUAUAUACAGUUCCAUUGUGGUUCUUGGAGUUGCUAGUUUUGCAUCGCUUUAUCCCACAUUCCCUUUUACUGAUGCCUAUAGACUAGACAUGAAUUUACCAGGGUUUGUAAUAAUACUCAGAUACCCGAUAGUUACCGGGUUCGUGGUGUUUGUCCCUUAUGUAGCAUUCGUACGGAACGAACGUCGCCGGCAACAAGUGGACUUUCCGGUGAAGUAUUUCAGCAAGUCUCCCGGCCCAACGUGGUGACAGCUUCUACCUUUUCUCCAUCAAAAGCAUUUUACGCUUUGAAUCAGUUCCUGUUUGCUCUCGGAGCACAACUCUUCCUCUGUUUUUACGUUUUCUUUCUCGUGAUUUAUCUUUGUGCAUGUUUUUAUGUAAAAAAUUUAAAAUUAGAGAUAUGUGUAUAUGUGUGUGUGCGUAUAUAUAUAUAUUGUCGUAAUUGUUUUUUGAUAAAAAAUAUGAUGGUUGUAUUAAUAGAAUCAUAAAUCCGAAAGUUUGU